GGUGUGUGUGUGUGUGUGUGUGUGUGUUGUAAGACGUGGCAGGAAGGCCAUAUGGUAAGUGACCUAAACCUGUUUUUGUUUUCGUGUAUUGCAUCCAAACACUGAGCAAUUGUUCGGCAUGUUUACUUGUUUACAGCACUGUGGAGGGUUUGAUGAAAACUCCAGCUAGCCCAGUGUCCACAAGCGAUAUGUAAACAACAGCAAACUUGAGGCGUCAGGCCAAAGUGCCCGAACAUCCCGCCAAAAGUCAGCUGUCCUGGGGUGGCGCAGGAAGUGUGGCGGGGAUGACGUCAUCACCUCUCCUCCCCGCUGGGCUGGCUGACCAGUGUAGAUGGACCUUGGUAAUACCAUAUGCAGGGUGUCCCGCGAGUUAGGCUUGGGGAUUUGAUAGUUGAAGUAAUACUAAGUGGGAAGUACUCUAUACACAUCUGCAGUGUUUUGCUUCAUUUUGCCAGAAAUUAACGUGUAAUUCAUGUGUUGCCGGAGUCGCUCGUCUUGGUGGGUUCCAUUCUCCCCUCUGCGCAGUGGAAGCCUUACAGGAAACAGUUAGCAAAUGAUGGAUUAAGUUUUUAUAUGUGUCAAUGAAGAAAAUGGUAACGUAACACAGCAAUACAGUGGUUAAGUGCUUCUUUUUGAACAUGGCAACUCACUGCAGCCGUUCUGAGUUGCCGCGUUCUGAGGGAGAUACGGCCACUACCGUCGAGUCUGACAAGAUGCUGCCUGUGGUCCCUUGCUUGCUUCUAUGACGAUACCUGCUCUGUUCCAUCUCCUGCCGUGCUGGUGGUCCUGGGAGAACCCUGUCACCAGGCGCAAGAGGCGCGCGGGAGCGUGUGACGUUCCUGUCAGCCACCACUCUGUUGUGGUGGUCCGCCAUCUGACGUUCCCGCUGCCGCAGCGUCCUCCUCCCAAAAUUGUCCACCUCAAGCUUCCGUUUCACUGAUGGUAAUCCAUCCCGUAGCUGGCGGCCCGUUGCCAGCUGAGCCGGUGACCUAUUGAUGUCCCGUAGAGGUGUGUUAAGGUACUGGAGCAAGGCAAGAGAGAUCUUAUCGUUGUCUAGACUGCCAUCACCUCCAGUGUUUCCCGGUAGUAUCCUCUUGGCGGACUUCACGGCCACCUCUGCCCUUCCGUUUGACUGUGGGAAGUGCGCCGAGGACACCCGAACUCCUACCCCCCACUUCUGGAGGAAACUUUUCAUCUCUUCACUUCCUAGAUUGGUACCUCCGUCCAUGGAGAGCUGCUCUGGGGCACCCCAUCUCGAGAAGUGGUGACGCACCACAUCCUUAAUUCUGCCUGAUUCUGUGCCAUCAGGCAGCUGAGACACCUCCAGCCAACCCGUGAGCCUGUCUGCAUAGACGAUGUAGUCGUGUCCCUCCAGCUGGAACAAAUCCACCACAGUCUGCUGGAAGGGAUAGUCAGGGGGCGGAGUGAAGAGGAGAGGCUCAGGGGGUUGUAUGUUGCACGUGUCACAGCAGUUGCGAUGGUGCCUCAGGUCCCCUUCAAUGCCAGGCCAGUAUACUGCCUGUCGCGCUUUCCUGAGCAUCGAGUCUAUACCUUGGUGGCCUGCAUGGAGGUGGGCUGCAACCUGCUUGCGUAGGAGGUCUGGAAUCACCAGGCGAGGAUGGUUGCUGUGGAAAGUGUACGUCACCAGGCCUCGCGACACACCCAGCCUCUCCCUAAUGCUGUCUCCCCAUCUCCUCCCCAUCUCACACCUUAAACUAAGCACACAUUUUCCCUUCAGUUUCCUUCUCCCAACCUCUCCAGACUAAUCUCCCCACUUUAACCUCCCCAUCCGCUCCUCUGAUUCCCCAUUUCCAUCAUAAACAACCUUCCAGUUUCACCACACCUCCCCAUCACCUUUCUUUCCCCAACCUCCCCAUUUCAUCCCCCCACUAAUCUCCCCAUCUCCCACAGGGCAAGGGCAACGGGUACUCUCCCCUGCGGCAGUGUUUGAUGACGACCCUGGGAUCAUGAGCGAAGCAGAGACGUCUUCCACGGGGUUCUGCAGGGAGGGUGGGGGGAAACAGCAAGCCUCUCUCCCCCCAGCCCGCUCCCCCUCCUCCAAGACCCUCGAUGCCAGGUCCUUCGAAUCGGACGCUAACAGUUCCUCUUGGGAUGACGACCCAGGUAUCAUGAGCAAGGCUGAGACUUUCUCCACUGGGCGCAGCAGGAACGUGAAGCCUCGGACCUCCCUUCCAAUAGUGCACACGCCCUCCAAGACCCUCGAGCGACCCCUGGGCCCUCAAAUAAACAACAAAUUAAGUGAGAAGUUACCAUCUCCCUUCCUGGCUUGCGCUCCAGUUGCUCUGAGUUGUAGCAGCAGCGACGUGUGGCACCCAGGAUGA